CUAAAACAAAGCAUGGGGAAACUCGCGCUCAAAACUUGGUGCGCCUCUCAAAUCAUAUUUCAAAAAAUAUGCCAACGUUUAUAGUUAUGACCACAACGACGUCGUUCGACGCUCUGGAGGUGUAAUCGCUCCAGCCGGCGUGCGGUGUCUCUGGCCUUCCAUUCCAAGUUCCAGGCUCCGCGUUUCCUCGUAGAUUUGUCCUUCCCACCCACCCCUUCCGUGCCUUCGGUUCGAACUUCGAACCCUACCCCUUCGGCGUUUGUUCUUCUUCCUCCUCCUUCGCAAUGAAGCUCGUCAGGUUUUUGAUGAAGCUGAACAACGAGACUGUUUCAAUUGAGCUAAAGAACGGGACCGUUGUCCAUGGCACCAUUAUAGGUUCCCCCUCUCCUUUCCUCAAAUCAUCUCAUGCUAUUUAUGCGGUUGGGCAGUAUGGUGUUCCUUCCUUGUACCUGUUGGCUAGAGCACAACAUUUCUUAGGUGUGGACAUCAGCAUGAAUACUCACCUGAAAACUGUGAAGCUAACACUGAAAGGGAAAAAUCCAGUCACUCUGGACCACCUCAGCGUUCGAGGCAACAAUAUCCGGUAUUACAUUCUUCCUGACAGCUUGAAUCUUGAGACAUUGCUGGUCGAAGAGGCACCUAGAGUCAAACCUAAGAAGGCAACUGCUGGUAUUAUCACAAUCUCCCUGGAAGGGCUUUGGCUCGUGGUCGGGGUCGCGGCCGUGGUCGUGGACGUGGUCGGGGGCGAUAGUCGAGUUGCGGUUGGGUGGAAUGUUUUUGGGUUUGGUGUAAACAAUUUCUGUUGUAACUGGAAUUUGUGUAGCCAAUUACUUGUGGGUAAGCGAGGUGUAGCUGCUGUUUAUGUUUGAAACUCCAUUUGUUUAAAGCAUAUUCCGACAGGGACUCAGGGAGUGUUGUGGUUCUGGAUUUGAGUAAUUUUGUUGCUCGUAGGAGUGGGAACAUUCCGGAGAAAGCUAUAUACUUGUCUUACCUGCUUGAUGAACUGUCCAGUUCGAUCUAUGUUGCAAUUUGGUGUCAAUUGGCUGACC